AUGCCUCUUCAGCUUCUCUCCCUGCCUCCGGAGAUUUUGGUGGCCAUGGUUGACCACCUAGCCCCUUCCCAGGCAGAUUUUGACAAGUUUAGUGAUGGGUUCAAGCCCGACAUCAGCCUUUACAGGCUGGCACAAACCUGCACAGUUUUUCGGGACAUUUGCGUCCCGAGGCUGUAUGAUAUUUGCAGCAUUAAGACUGGCGCCAACUUACGUCGCAGCCUCUGCAUUAUCCGCACUUUGAUCGCCCGACCCGAGAUUGCAAAACGGGUGAAGAGAAUCAUUAUCAGCGCAUCGCUUUUCCCCAAGGGCUAUCGGGAAUCUGAAAUCAUCAUUUCGACCGAAGAAGCUGCGCUCUUUAAUCAUGUCCUGAGAAGGGGACUCAAAAUGACCGCUGCUGCCCCUCUAUCCAAGGUGGUGGCUGGAGAUCGCAUGGAAUACCAAAGCAUCAGCGAAUCUUUGGUCUGUGUCGCCCUUACCCUUACUCCCAACAUCACAAGCGUCAUCCUCUUAUCCAGAUCCAACAGGAUGUUUGGAUCCCCGCCGGAAUACAUCCCUGCCGACUUUCAAGCCGACUAUUUCCCGCUCCUCGAGACAUUCUCAGUCCAGAACGCAAGCACAGAUCCGGCAACAGCAUUUGACAAAGCAAUUGGCAUGCUGCCGCAUGCUGCCCCUAGGGUGAGACGAUUGUUUGGCUGGGGUAUUGAUCAGCUCCCGGAGACCGCGUACCCAUACGUCAAGCAGGUCGUGCUUGGGCGUAGCCGGUUGAGUAGCACAGAGAUGGAACGUCUCCCAAGAGUGUUUCCGAACCUGGAGCGCUUUACUUAUGUAGACGUCGGACCAACCAUCUCCCGCAUGCCUGACAAGGCAGCCCCGCCGGUCAUCUUUGAAGCGCUCCUUGCUCUACGUAAAACACUGAGCCAUGUUGAGCUUGGGAAGCACAUUUGGCUUACGAGAAGGGCGAGCAGCUUCACAAGUGUCAGAAGACCACCCAACGAAGUACUGAAGAGUCUUGCCCAGAUGGAGGUGCUAGAAAGUCUCACACUGCCGACGUCGUUCAUUUAUGCGGCUCUUGAAGAGGCGGAUGGUCCGGACCAUCUUCAUGCGGAAAGGAAAUUGGCACAGUUUCUCCCAAGAUCGAUAAGGAGCCUUUACCUGGAAGACGUACAGGAGUCGGACGAGGCGGACCUCCUGGCUUUGGCCCAAGCUGCGCCGCGGCAGUUUCCCAACUUGGCACAGGUCAGGUUUGCAACCUGGUCUCCCUUGGAACAGUUACCAUUCAAGGAUGUCGUACGUCCCGCGUUUGAAAUGCGGAAGAUCAAGUGCCGUUUUGAAGUAGUCAACGGGGGCAAUUACAUGAGCGCCUUUGCCUCAGUACCAGAACACUGGAAAUGA